AUGAGGCCGAAAAAAAGAAAACAAAGAACACCAGGACAAAAAGGUAAAGAAUCAGAUUUGGUCUUGCAUGAGCCAACACGCAAAUCAGCAAGAACAACUAAAGAACAGCAACUUGUUGAUGCCAAUAAACCUGCAAAAGCUACCAAAAACACAGCAGGUAAAAAACUAGUCGUCUCAGAAGCCCCGAAAUCCAUUGAUACUCGCCCACGUGAAGGAAAACCAUUUGACUGCAGGGUUCUCCAUAAAUUACUACAUAAGGUGAAAAAAUCCAUUAAUGGGUCAGAAAAUUAUCGGCAUCUACAGAGAGAGGCCAUCAGAGAAUUUGGUUUUGGUUCCCUGCUGAACCUCAAAAUUGAAUCAAUUCCACAUGCUCUUUGCCACUUUUUGGCUGGUAAUUUCCAGACUGGGGGUAGAACAAUCACACUGAACAAUGGAGUAUUGGAUUUCACAGAGGAGGAUGUUGUUGCUGUCCUCGACCUCCCUCGUGGGCCGAAGAAACCGGAACAAUUUGCCCCGAACAAGUGGGACUAUCCAGAAUAUGUUCCACAUGCCACUGCAUGGAGAAAAAGGAUGAACCAGCAAGGGUUACCCGUAUACAAAAGUGACUCUGCAGAUAUUUUGGAAUUGUGUGAAAAGGGAAUACAAGAACCAGAACAUAAAUUUCAAAAGAUCAUUGAAGAAAUGCUAAACAAAGAACAAAAACCAAGCACACAAAAGAUUGCUGAUGAUCAAGAAGAAGCAGAAGAGACUGAUCUUGCAAAUGCUCUGGGGCUAGAGCAACUGAGUGAAACUAAUGAAGGAGAAUGCUUGCCAGUAAAUGCUGAAACAGCACCACCACAAAAAGGUCCCCAAGAAAAAGAUGAAGCAGUAGAAGGUUCUAGACUAGGAGGAAGAGGAGAAUUUGAAGAAAAUACCAAAUCUGAUAUAGAUAGAAACCCUAAGAAAGUUGAUGAGGAAGAACAUGUUGAUGGUGAUAUUGACCUCCCAGAUGCACUCAAUGAAAAAAUCAAUCAUAGUCCUCACAUUGACGAUGUCAUAGCAAAAGCCACUGAAUCAGCUUCCAGGUCAUGCCCAUCCAGCAGCCUGCAUGUGAUGGCCGUGGCUUCAGAACAUGCUACAAAGAAUCCAGGGGUGCUGUAA